AUGAAUUAUGUUUUGUGUUAUUGCAUAACGUGUAUAUAUUUACUAAAAUUUAUUUUUAAUUACAGUCAGGAAGCUACUCCUUUGUCUAAAAAAGCACUAAAAAAGCUUGCUAAAGAUGAAGAAAAAGCAUUAAAAAAGAAAGCAAAACAAGCGGAAAUUGAAUCAAAACAAGAAAUUGAAGGAGAUGAUUAUUCAAAAGAUUUCUAUGGAAAGAUGCCAAUGAUUCAGUCGGCAACAAAAGUAUGCAGAAAACUGGUACCAGUCAGUUCUCUCGAACAUGAUCUUGGAGACAAAAAAGUGUGGGUUCGAGGUCGCUUACACACCAGUCGUGCUAAAGGUAAACAGUGCUUUUUUGUUCUGCGCCAAAGACAGUAUACCAUUCAGUGCCUUCUCUCUGUUUCAGAGACCACUAGCAAACAGAUGAUUAAAUUUGUUGCAAGUAUAACUAAAGAAUCAAUAAUUGAUGUAGAAGGUUUCAUAAAAGCUUCUCCUCAGAAAAUUGAGAGUUGUUCACAGAAAAAUGUUGAACUCCAUGUUACGCAGGUAUUUGUUGUGAGUGCAGCAGAAGCAAGACUUCCUUUGCAAAUUGAAGAUGCUUCAAGGCCAGAAAAUGAAAAUGAUCCAGAAGGUUUGAACAUCCACGUCAAUCAAGAUACUCGCCUUGACAACAGAGUGCUAGACUUAAGAACAGCUGCCAAUCAUGCUAUUUAUGCUGUACAAGGUGGUGUGUGUUCUUUGUUUAGAGAGUUUUUAAUUGGAAAAGGUUUUAAAGAAAUACACACCCCAAAAAUUAUUUCAGCUGCUAGUGAAGGAGGAGCAAAUGUUUUUGAAGUUACAUAUAUUGAGGGUAGUGCUUAUCUUGCCCAGUCUCCUCAGUUGUAUAAACAAAUGGCUAUUACAGCUGACUUUGACAGAGUUUUUACUAUAGGAUCAGUGUUUCGAGCUGAAAAUUCGAAUACACACAGGCAUUUGUGCGAAUUUAUUGGUUUGGAUCUCGAAAUGGCCUUUGAUUAUCAUUAUCAUGAAGUACUUGAUCUAAUUGGAGACAUGUUUGUUGAAAUAUUCAAAGGAUUAAGAGAUAGGUAUUCUGAAGAAAUAAAAACCAUUCACAAGCAGUUUCCAGCAGAACCCUUUAAAUUUUUACAACCAAGCUUACGUCUAGACUAUUCACAAGGUCUUGAACUUUUGCGAGAAGCUGGUGUUGAAAUAGGAGAUGAAGAUGAUCUCAGUACUCCUGAUGAAAAGUUGCUGGGAAAAAUUGUUAAAGCUAAAUAUGAUACAGAUUUUUAUAUAUUGGACAAAUUUCCUUUGAAAGUCCGUCCGUUUUAUACAAUGCCAGAUCCCAAUAAUCCAAAAUUAUCAAACUCAUAUGAUAUGUAUAUGAGAGGAGAAGAAAUUAUAUCCGGAAGUCAGCGUAUUCAUGACCCUGAUUUCCUUCGACUGAGAGCCACAGAACAUGGCAUUAAUUUAGAAAAAAUCAAAAGUUAUAUUGAAUCAUUCAAAUAUGGUGCACCACCUCAUGCUGGUGGGGGUAUAGGUUUGGAGCGAGUAACAAUGCUUUAUUUGGGAUUAAACAAUAUUAGGAAAACAUCUAUGUUUCCAAGAGAUCCAAAACGUUUGACGCCUUGAAUCAAAUGCCAAAUAUGAAAUUAUAAAUAAAAAUUUUUAACAGGCUCC